AUACUUUAACGAGUUACUCGACACUCUACCUACUUUCUCUGCUGUCUCGUAAUGUUUUUGCAAAUAUUUUUACCAGUUUUCUCUAUUUUGUUGUAUUUAUGGUAUCAAAAAAGAAAGAAGCAGUUUUCAGUUUUCAAUAAAAUCGGAAUUCCCGGGCCUCAACCAAACAUAUUUUUUGGAAAUUUGUUGGAAUUAUUUUUAAAGGGACAUUUACGGACCCACAAAGAGUGGAUUUCCAAAUAUGGCAAAGUUCUAGGAUAUUAUUAUGGCACGACUCCGGUUCUGUUUGUUACGGACACCGAAUUAUUAAAAAAUAUUCAAAUCAAAGAUUUCCAUAAUUUUUCAGAUCGACCAAGUCUCCAUACAGAAAGCAACAAGGUGCCUUCAAAUCGAUUAGCUCAUAAUUUACUUAAUUUGAAAGGUGCAAAAUGGAAGCAGAUGAGAAGCGUAGUUACACCUUCUUUUACCACAAGCAAGAUGAAACUGAUGUCGCCCAUUAUAAACGAUGCCAUUGAACUUCUGUUAAACAAUUUUGAGAAAUUUUGUGAAUCGGGAGAAGCAUUUGAAUCCUAUGCUCUAUAUCAAAGGCUGACCAUGGAUGUAAUUGUCAGAACGGCCUUUGGUUUUCAGUCCGAUAUUCAGAUAAAUCCCAAAAGUUCUCUUUAUAAAUUGUCCAAUAUUUUAAUUCAUGCACCCUUUAAACAUUUGUUUAUACUCUUUACAAGAUCUUUUGAGUUUCUCCAACCGUUUUUUCGACUUGUUCGCAUCAUUUUUGGUGCGAUAAUCAACAGAGGUAGAAAUCCUCUCAAGGAAUUGUUAGAUAAUUGUGAAGCCAUCAUCAACUCUCGCAAGAAAGAUCCCACAAAAAGACGAACAGAUUUUCUCCAGUUGAUGAUCGAUGCCCGAAUCGAAGACAAAGCCAACAUUGAUUAUCAAUCACUAGCUGCUAGCGAAAGCGUCGACAAAGAAAGUAACGAGAAAGAAUUAAUUAACGGCACUUCCAACUCUAGAUCAUUGACCAUGGACGAAAUGGUAGGAAAUGCAUUCGUAUUCCUUCUUGCUGGGUUCGAAACUACAAGUACAGCUUUAUCUUACUGCUCUCUGAUGCUGGCUAAUUUUCCGGAAGUUCAAGAGAAGAUUAGAAAAGAAGUAAAUGCUCUGAUGGAAGAAGAGGAAGAAUUAGAUUACGGUUCAGUACAGAAAUUGCAAUAUUUGGAUCAAGUACUCAAGGAGACACUUCGUUUGUAUCCGCCUAUUUAUUUAUUUGUAAACAGAGAAGCUUCCGAUAAUGUUCAAUACGAAAAUAUAUUUAUUCCGAAAGGAAUGUCUAUUCAAGUUCCAGUUUACUGGUUACAUCGCGAUCCUAAUAACUGGGAAAAUCCCGAAGAAUUUCGUCCAGAAAGGUUUGCUCCAGAAAAUGCAAACAAACACAAUCCUCUUUCGUGGCAACCGUUUGGAGCGGGACCCAGAAACUGCGUGGGAAUGAGAUUCGCAAUGAUGGAAGCCAAAUUAGUUUUGGCUCGGCUCUUACAAAAAUACCGUGUAUUGCCGUGUGAAAAGACCGACAAGCAUCCCAUUCGGUUGAAACCUACGCUGGUUUCCAUCAAACCGAAGAAUGGAGCUUAUCAAGUUACUCAACACUCUACCUACUUUCUCUUCUGUCUCGUAAUGUUUUUGCAAAUAUUUUUACCAGUUUUCUCCAUUUUGUUGUAUUUAUGGUAUCAAAAAAGAAGGAAGCAGUUUUCAGUUUUCAAUAAAAUCGGAAUUCCCGGGCCUCAACCAAACAUAUUUUUUGGAAAUUCGUUGGAAAUAUUUUUAAAGGGACCUUUACGGACCCACAAAGAGUGGAUUUCCAAAUAUGGCAAAGUUCUAGGAUAUUAUUAUGGCACGACUCCGGUUUUGUUUGUUACAGACACGGAAUUAUUGAAAAAUAUUCAAAUCAAAGAUUUCCAUAAUUUUUCAGAUCGAGCGAUUCUCCAUACAGAAAGCAAAGAGCAACUUUCAAAUCGAUUAGCUCAUAAUUUACUUAAUUUGAAAGGUGCAAAAUGGAAGCAGAUGAGAAGCGUAGUUACACCUUCUUUUACCACAAGCAAGAUGAAACUGAUGUCGCCCAUUAUAAACGAUGCCAUUGAACUUCUGUUAAACAAUUGUGACAAAUUAUGUGUCUCGAAAGAAGCGUUUGAUUCCUAUGUUCUGUACCAAAGGCUGACCAUGGAUGUAAUUGUCAGAACUGCCUUUGGUUUCCAGACCGAUAUUCAGAUAAAUCCCAAAAGUUCUCUUUAUAAAUUGUGCAAGAUUUUUAUGAAUGCACCCUUUAAACAUUUGUUUCUACUCUUUACAAGAUCUUUUGAGUUUCUCCAACCGUUUUUUCGACUUGUUCGUAUCAUUUUUGGUGCGAUAAUCAACAGAGGUAGAAAUCCUUUGAAUGAAUUGUUAGAUAAUUGUGAAGCCAUCAUCUACUCUCGCAAGAAUAAUCCUACAAAAAGACGAACAGAUUUUCUCCAAUUGAUGAUCGAUGCCCGAAUCGAAGAUAAAGCCAACAUUGAUUAUCAAUCUCUAGCUGCUAGCGAAAGCGUCGACAAAGAAAGUAACGAGAAAGAAUUAAUUAACGGCACUUCCAACUCUAGAUCAUUGACCAUAGACGAAAUGGUAGGAAAUGCAUUAUUAUUCCUUAUUGCUGGGUUCGAAACUACAAGUACAGCUUUAUCUUACUGCUCUCUGAUGCUGGCUAAUUUUCCGGAAGUUCAAGAGAAGAUUAGAAAAGAAGUAAAUGAUCUGAUGGAAGAAGGGGAAGAAUUAGAUUACGGUUCAGUACAGAAAUUGCAAUAUAUGGAUCAAGUACUCAAGGAGACACUUCGUUUGUAUCCGCCUGUUUAUUUAUUUGUAAACAGAGAAGCCUCCGAUAAUGUUCAAUACGAUAAUAUAUUUAUUCCGAAAGGAAUGUCUAUUCAAGUUCCAGUUUACUGGUUACAUCGCGAUCCGGAUAAUUGGGAAAAUCCCGAAGAAUUUCGUCCAGAAAGGUUUGCUCCAGAGAAUGCAAACAAACACAAUCCUCUUUCGUGGCAACCGUUUGGAGCGGGACCCAGAAACUGCGUGGGAAUGAGAUUCGCAAUGAUGGAAGCCAAAUUAGUUUUGGCUCGGCUAUUACAAAAAUACCGUAUAUUGCCGUGUGAAAAAACCGACAAGCAUCCCAUUCGGUUGAAACCUACGCCGGUUUCCAUCAAGCCGAAGUAUGGAGCUUAUGUUAAAUUAGAGCGUUGCUGA